GGCGGCGGCGGCGGCGGCGAGGACGCCAAGAAAGCCCGCAGCAAGAAGUACGGCUCCAACGUGCACCGGAUCAAGAACAUGUUCCUGCAGAUGGGCACGGCGCCGGGCGCCGAGGGCGCCUGCGACUUGGCCAAGGCCAAGGAGAAGCCCGUGCGCCUCUCCUUGCCGCGCGCCAGCAGCCUCGGCGACAGCGUGGAGCCCGGCGGUCCCCUCAAGCUGGGCACCAGCGUCUCCGAGCGCGUGAGCCGCUUCGACUCCAAGCCCGACAAGCCCUUCUCCAAGCUGCAGGAGACCCGUAAGAUCUUCGAGAGGAGCCUGCAGGAGAAGGAGAGCACCAACAAGCUGCUGCUGCGCAAGGAGCGCGCCGGCUUCCAGGACCGCAAGCUCGACGUCGUCGUCAAGUUCAACGGCAGCACCGAGUCCUUGGACAAGCUGGACACGGAGGCCGUGUCGCCCACCGUGAGCCAGCUGAGCGCCGUCUUCGAGAAGGCCGAUCUGCGCAACAACCUGCACAAGGCGCCGGGCAAAGCGGCGCCGCUCAACGCCAAGCUGGUGAGCAAGCGCUCGCGCCUCUUCUUGCAAGGGCCCGACGCCGAGAGCCGCGCGGGCRCCGGCCCCGCGCGCCCGGCCCGCCCGCGGCCUGGCGACGAGGAGAAGGCGGCGGGCAAGGGCGGCCGUGAGAAGGACGGUGCCCGCGGGCCCGGCAGGCAGGAGGUGUGCAAGAUCAAGCCGGUGGAGGUGGAGGAGAGCGGCGAGUCGGAGGCCGAGGCGGGCGAGCGGGCGGAGGAGCCGGCGCCGGUGCCGCCGCCGCCGCCGACGGAGCAGGACAAGGGGGACGAGGCGGCGCGGGCCGAAGUGGCGGCGCCCGCGGCCGCCGAGAAGGUGCCCGAAGGCGGCGAGGAGGCCGCGGGCCUCGAGGAGGCCGCCAAGGGCGARCGCGCGGACGAGGGCGACCUCUACGACGAGUCCAAGAAGGAGGACUUCUCCGAGGCGGACCUGGUGGACAUAAGUGCCUACAGCGGGCUCGGCGAGGACUCGGGGGGCAGCGGGCUCGAGGAGGACGAGGAGGCCGACAGCCUCUACGAGCCCGAGUCCAGCUGCGUGGAGAUCCCGGGGCUCUCCGAGGAAGAGGAGCCCGUCCCCAACCGGAAGAUCCAGUUCAGCACGGCGCCCAUCCAGGUCUUCAGCACUUACUCCAACGAGGACUACGACCGGCGCAACGAGGAUGUCGACCCCAUGGCCGCCUCGGCCGAGUACGAGCUGGAGAAGCGGGUGGAGCGGCUCGACCUCUUCCCGGUGGAGCUGGAGAAAGACUCCGAAGGGCUGGGCAUCAGCAUCAUCGGCAUGGGCGCCGGCGCCGACAUGGGCCUCGAGAAGCUGGGCAUCUUCGUCAAGACGGUGACGGAAGGAGGGGCGGCGCACCGGGACGGCAGGAUCCAGGUGAACGACCUCAUCGUGGAGGUGGACGGCACGAGCCUGGUGGGGGUGACGCAGAGCUUCGCCGCCUCCGUGCUCAGGAACACCAAGGGCCGCGUCCGCUUCCUCAUCGGGCGCGAGAAGCCGGGCGAGCAGAGCGAGGUGGCCCAGCUCAUCCAGCAGACGCUGGAGCAGGAGCGGUGGCAGCGGGAGAUGAUCGAGCAGCGCUACACGCAGUACACCGAGGAGGACGAGGAGACGGGYGAAUACGCCACGGACGAGGAGGAGGAGAUGAGCCCCAUGUUCCCCAGCAGCGAGAUGGCCAUCGAGGUCUUUGAGCUGGCCGAGAACGAGGACACGCUCUCCCCGGUGGAGAUGGACCCCGAGAAGCUGGUGCACAAGUUCAAGGAGCUCCAGAUCAAGCACGCCGUCACCGAGGCCGAGAUCCAGCAGCUCAAGAGGAAGCUGCAGUGCCUGGAGCAGGAGAAGGCCCGGUGGCGGGCCGAGAAGGCCCAGCUGGAGCAGAGCGUGGAGGAGAACAAGGAGCGGAUGGAGAAGCUGGAAGGCUACUGGAUGGAGGCGCAGAACCUGUGCCAGGCCGUGGACGAGCACCUCAAGGAGACGCAGGCGCAGUACCAGACGCUGGAGCGCAAGUACAGCAAGGCCAAGAGGCUCAUCAAGGAGUACCAGCAAAAGGAGAUCGAGUUCCUGAAGAAGGAGACGGCGCAGCGGCGCGUGCUGGAGGAGUCGGAGCUGGCGCACAAGGAGGAGCUGGAGAAGCUGCAGGAGAAGCCCUGUCUCACCAUGUCGGUCUCCAAGCUGCAGGACGUGGACGAGGUUUUUGAUUUUACCGCUGUGGUUCCAGAGACGCCGCGGCUCGACAGCAGCCUGCACAAGGCCCGUGCCCGCCUGCUAGCCAAGGGCCGGCGGCAGCGCCCGUCGCGCUCCCGCCUGCGAGACAGCGCCAGCUCCACCGAGGGCGAGGAGGGUCCCGAGCGCAGGGAGGGGCUGGCGGGCAGCCCCUCGCCCAAGUCCUGCCCCAGCUCCGACAGCUCGCCCGGCUUCGCCCGCCGCGACGCCCGGCCCCAGCGGCACAGCGAAGAUGACAGCCGGGACAUGAGUCCCCCCGAGCCGGCCAGCCCCACCGUGGGGCUGGACAAGAAAACACGCAGGAAAUUCCUGGAUCUGGGGGUGACCCUGCGCCGGGCGUCCUCCAGCAAGAGCAAGAAGGAGAAGGGGAGCAACCGCCUGUCCAUGGGCGGCAGGGACGCGGGCGAGGGCUCUGGCCGCCCCGCGGGGUCGCCCUUCCUGCCCUUCUCCUGGUUCUCGGACAGCGCCAAGGGCUCGGCCUCGCCGGGCGCCGCGUCGCCCGCCGGCUCGCCCCGCYGCGAGGCGCUCAGCCCUGCCAAGUCCGCCUCGCAGGAAUCGACGCUGAGCGACGACUCGACGCCGCCGAGCUCCAGCCCGCGGCUGCCCGGCGGCGCGGCCCCCAAGUGCUCCUACCCCUACCACACCUUGUCGCAGUCCUCGGACGAGUUCCUGGACGAGCCCCCCGGCGCCGCGGCGGGCUGGACGUGCCAGCAGGUCGGGCAGUGGCUGGAGAGCCUCAACCUGGAGCAGUACGUGGAGGAGUUCGCAGCCCACGGCGUCGAUGGCCCCCGGCUCCUGCACCUCGAUGGCGCCAAGCUCAAGGCGCUGGGCGUGGGCAGCGCCCAGGACCGGGCGCUGCUCAAGAGGAAGCUGAAGGAGCUGAGCGUGGCUGCCGAGCGGGAGCGCAAGGCCCAGGAGAAGGYGGAGAAGCAGCGCGAGAAGCAGAGGAAGAGAGACCAGGAGCAGCGCAGGAGCUAG